UCUUCCGGAAUACUUCAGUGGCGAUGUUCAAGCGUUUUGUGGAGUAUCAUUUCGUGUAUUUUUUUAUUGUGAUUUAAUGAGAAUAUGCUUCAUGCAUGUUAUCCGCAACUAGUUAUAUGUACUCUUGUCAAGGACGUCAACAAUUAACAGAUCUGUUGGGUUUGUGCUUUGCAAGUAACGAAGAGAAGACCAGUGUACAGAAAGUUUGUGGAGUUUGGUAUUAAAGGACUUGCUUCCGAGAUACAAGUGAUUUUCAUGGACUCUGUUCAAGAAGAAAUCAAGAGAAAGCACAGUAAUUAAUGGACUAUUCUGACUACCAAGAUGGUGUUUUCUCUUUCCACCGUGACGGUCCUGAUUCCAAUCGUGUCUCUUUUGGGACUUUUUUACUCGGCUAGUAUGGAUGAGAAUUUCCCACAGGGAUGCACAAGCACGAGUAGUGUGUGUUUCUAUAGCCUUCUCUUGCCUGUCACUAUACCGGUUUAUGUAUUUUUCCACCUUUGGAAAUGGAUAGGAAUCAAACUCUUCAGACACAAUUAAUUUCAGAAUUAUAAAUGAACUGGAUUGGGCACAAGUUUGCCUUUUCCUAUUCAUGUUAUAAUUUUAAGGUGGAUUUCUGAAUGCAAUUUUCGAAAGAUUUAAAAGACAACUGGAUGUAAUUAGGGAUCUAUGUGACUAAUGACUUGUAUUCUUUUAUACUUUUUCAGUGUUUAUUAAACUGAAGAAAAUUAUUAUAUCUCUUAUGGGCCUAUAUAUGAUUUUUUUUCAGUUUGUGAAUAAGGUGGCUUCAUUGGUCUAUAAAUUAUUUAAUUUAAGUAACAGUUGGUUGCUUGAUAAUGUGGUGGUUUGUUGUAUUUAAACCAAGUGAUUCUUUUUUUCCAUUCCCUUUGUCAAGCUAUUAUGAGGUUUUGUAAUGCCACUUUCGUUACAUUGUUUUUAAACUAGUCUAUGUUCCUUAACUAUAACCCUAUGAAUUUAAGUUAUUGAAUAGGAAUGCUAACCAUAUUCUGCCCAAAAAUGUUGCUAAUCAAUUGCAUGCUAUUGAAAGGCUGCAUCUGCAUAUUUUUUCAGGUAGGAAACAGGUGCCUAAGUGAGGUAGCGGACAUGUAACUAAAAGAGUUAUGCUAUCCCAUGCUGGUCGUACUCCUGUAACCUGGAAUGAGAUGCUGUACCUGAAUCUCACCAAUAAUGUAGAUAUGACAUACACAAAAUAUGCAUUCAUUUUUAAAGUGUCAUAUUUUUUCUGAACAGUAUGUGUAUAUUGAACUGAACUGUAUGUAUGUACAUUGGGUCCAUGUACAUUUCCCCAGAAAUAAUCUUAAAAUUACUGCUUCUUUAAAUUUGCUGAGAAUGUGGGUGGUGGAAGGGGUCAUUUGGUGCAAUUGCCCUCCAGAUGCCCAGAACAGAAUGACGUAAUCGUUUUUACAAAUAAACAUUAUAUCUGAU